UAUCGAAAUCAAAGCUCCUUUCUCCGCAUCCCUCAAACAGAGAACAGAACAUCAUUUAGAACAUGGCAUCCGUUUCGGCGAUCUCUGAAGCUGAUCGACUGGCGCAGUUCAGGGCCUUCGACGCAACGAAAGCCGGUGUAAAAGGGCUGGUGGAUGCUGGAGUGACCGAAAUCCCUCCUAUCUUCUACACGCCGCCUGAAAUCGUACUGGACAGCAAAUCAAGUGAUCGUGACAAGAAGUUCACCUUCCCUGUCAUCGACCUACAAGGCGCGGCCACAGAUCCUGCCAAGCGGAAGGAGAUCGUCGAGAAAGUUCGAGAUGCUUCCUCCACCUGGGGGUUCUUCCAGGUCCUUAACCAUGGAGUUCCACUCAACGUCAUGGAGGAGAUGAAAGCCGGAAUCAAGAGGUUCUACGAGCAGGAUCUCGAGGAGAAGAUGAAGUUCUUCUCACAUGACCUCACUAGAAAAAUUGCUUACAGCAGCAACUAUGACUUGGUAUUCCCGCAGGUCGCUACUUGGAAAGACACCACUGUUUUCAACAUGGCUCCAGAUCCUCCCAAGCACGAAGAACUCCCUGCUGCUAACAGGGAAAUCAUACAGGAGUAUUCCAAGGAGAUGGUUAAGAUGGGCGACCUGAUCUUUGAGCUGCUCUCGGAGGCUCUAGGACUUGACCCAAAUUACCUGAGAAAAAAGGAUUGCUUGAGGGGACAUUACAUUGUGUGUCACUAUUAUCCACGGUGUCCUCAGCCUGAUCGUACUUUGGGGACAGGCAAGCACACAGACUCCGAUUUCAUGACCAUUCUCCUACAAGAUCAUGUUGGGGGGCUUCAGGUGCUCCAUCAGGAUCACUGGGUUGACGUAACUCCUCUUCCAGGGUCCCUUGUAAUCAACAUCGGAGAUUUGCUUCAGCUUAUGUCCAACGAUAAGUUCAGGAGCGUGAAGCAUAGGGUGCUAGCAAAUCGCAGCGAUGAACCGAGGAUAUCGGCGGCCUGCUUUUUUAGCACCGGCCUUCUGCCAAACCCAACACAGUAUGAACCCAUUGUGGAGCUACUAUCUGAAGAGAAUCCUCCCAAGUACAGAGCAACCACAAUCUCAGAAUACUUGAUGUCUAUAGCUACUAACAAUAAUGAAAUCGAUGGGGAGUCUCUUCUUCUUCAGCAGUUCAAGCUCUAAGUUUCGAGACUCUGGAGAUUGAUAUGAGAAAAACUUCAGUGUGUACAACUUGACAUAUAAUAAGAAAAGAAUAUGGGGAUCGAAUGAUGAUAAUAUGACCGAGCAGCAGCUGAAAUUUAUACCUCGUAUGUUACAUAAUGAAGUUUAAUAAAUAAAUAAAUAAUGAAGUAGAAUAAAUAAAUAACUUUGCACCAAUGGAUCGAAUUAUAUAUAUUAUAUUAAUUAGUGUAUCUUGAU